CCAUCCAAGCAUAGACCUUCUGGCACGCUAUCCCUUUCAGAGUCAUGUUUGGAGCCGUUCAAUGACAGCUAUCGUAAUUCCUGUACAAGUGAUGGGCGCUUCAAGCAGUACUACUACUUUGAUCUUUCUACAAACUCCUGUAGAAUGUUUUGGUUCGGAAACUGCCGCGGUACUAGCCAGAACAUCUAUCCAACACUAGAGUCCUGUCAGUGGAUAUGUGAGCGACGCCGUGAUGAGCAAGUACCAGCUCCUUGCAGCGAUGCGUUCGAUGACAAGUACAAAGAAUCGUGCAGAGGCGGUGAAUGGGUCGAGAAAGUGUACUUCGAU